AUGAAGUACACCUUCGCUCUCCUUGGCGCUGCCGCCCUUGCGGCCGCUCUGCCUCAGCCUGCCCAGGAGGUUGACAUUGCCGGACGAUUCGCCCGCCGCAAUGGAGCACGCUCCGCCCGUCCUCAGCACAUUUCGGCCCCCAACAUGCGCAACACUAGCUACCCCCAGUACUCCAGCAACUGGGCUGGUUCCGUUCAGAUCGGCAAGGGCUUCACCAAGGUCGUUGGCACUAUCACUGUCCCCAGUGUCUCUGGAGACAGCGAUUCCGCUGCCUCCGCAUGGGUCGGCAUUGACGGUGACACUUGCAGCACCGCCAUUCUCCAGACUGGUGUCUCUUUCUACGGAGACGGCACAUUCGACGCCUGGUACGAGUGGAUUCCCGAUUACUCUCACUCCUUCUCGAACUUCGACAUCAGCGUCGGUGAUAAGAUCUACAUGGAGGUUGAUGCUUCGUCCAAGACAAAGGGUGUCGCUAUCCUCGAAAACUUGACCACUGGUCAGAAGGUCACCCACACUUUCACCAGCACUCCCUCCACUCUCUGCGAGACCAACGCUGAAUGGAUUGUUGAGGACUUCGAGUCUGGUGGUAGCUUGGUUCCCUUCGCCGACUUUGGUUCCGUGACUUUCACCGGUGCCUCGGCUACCGGAUCUGCUGGCACUGUCACUCCUCAGGGCGGUACUAUCAUCGAUAUCAGGGACUCCAGCAGCAGCCAGGUCCUUACUGACUGCAGCACUUCUGGUGGCUCGCUCACCUGCAAGUACACUGGCUAG